CGCGUCCCUCUGGAGAUCGUGCUCCUGAACAAGGUGGGCUCCGGCUUCCACGGCGUCAUCCAGCUCCUGGACUGGUUCGAGCUCCCGGACAGCUUCGUGGUGGUGAUGGAGCGUCCGGAGCCGUCUCAGGACCUCUUUGACUUCAUCACGGAGCGGGGGUUCCUGCCCGAGGAGAUGGCGCGGGGGCUGUUCCGCCAGGUGCUGGAGGCCGUGCGGCACUGCAACAACUGCGGCGUCCUGCACCGCGACAUCAAGGACGAGAACAUCCUGCUCGACCUGGCCACGGGCGAGCUCAAGCUCAUCGACUUCGGCUCGGGCACCUUCCUCAAGGACACGCUCUACACGCAGUUUGACGGAACACGCGUGUACAGCCCCCCGGAGUGGAUCCGCUUCCACCGCUACCACGGCCACUCAGCCACCAUCUGGUCCCUGGGUGUGCUGCUCUACAACAUGGUGUGUGGGGAUGUUCCCUUCGAGCAGGAUGAGGAUAUCAUCCGGGGCCAGCUCUUCUUCCGACGGCGCAUUUCUCUCGAGUGCCAACACCUCAUCAAGUGGUGCUUGUCCAUGCGCCCCUCGGACAGGCCGUCCUUGGAGGAUAUUUUCAACCAUUCUUGGCUGCAGGACAUUCACCUGGAACCAGCUGAGAUCACCCUGCACAGUUUGAUCCAGGAGCCUGACAAGUAACAGCUCCAUGCAGCUCCUGGUCAUAAGAAGCAAAGAAAACCAGACUUUUUCAUCCUGACCAUAACACUGAGCAGGGAUCCUCAGAUGUUCUCAGAUGGGAAUGUGCACAUCCUGCCCUGGAGCUGGGCUGGGGACCUGCUCUUCCAAGUUCUGGUAGCCACCAUCCAAGCCAGCUGUCCUGGACUCCAUCUGAACUUUGUCUCUUCUGAGAUUUUACAGUAAUUUUUUUUGGACUGGUUUUGGAGGCUCUCAAGUGUCAUCUUGACCUGCUGAAUUGGAUGACCUGACUGCAAGAAAAGCUUCAGUGGGGGAAAACUGUGGGGAGGGCAGGGCCUGUGGCAAAGUGGCUGUCCCUUCUCACUGUCCCUUCUCCCUGCCCCAUGCUUGUGUGCCUUCUGUUUGAUCUGAGCUGUGCUGCAGGAAAGACUUGACUUUUCCUACAGUGCUGCUUUUCUGACUCGCCUGGGCCUAUAGUUCCUUUUUCUUUUCAAAAAGGAAAUGGGUCAGAAGAUGCUUGGGAACCAAGUGGGUUAUGCCUCGCCUCCUGUGCCUCCAUCCCACACGGGUUUUCUGGGGUUCUUUGCUUCUCUGUGCCCUCACAAAUGCACAAACAAUGCAAACCAACAGCUGUAAAUGUGUACAUAGCUCUACAGGAGCAAAGCUUGAUGUACAGUUGUGAAUAGUGGUAACAUUUUGCCUUUUUCUCAUUUCCAAUUUUUGUUUUUAAUUUAUUUUCAUAAAUUUGUUGUUUGUUUUGUUUUUUAAAGGAAGAGUUCUAGCCGCUAGGAUAACUUAUUUAUUUAUUUAUAAUUCAUGUGGGUUUCCAGCCCAUGCCUUGCUUCUACAGCUGCUGACCCCCCGGUUUUCCAUUCAGGUUUUCCCUUUGUUUCUGUCCUGUGUCCAUCCCUGGGCCUGUUGUGUUUCCAUUGGGUGUCUGGUGGAGGUGUGGGGUGGCAGCUUCUCCCCAGCUGUCUGUGUACAUAAUUCUGGGUGCUGUUCUUUCCUUGCCACGUGCAGAUCUCAGUUUGCAAAUGAAUUUGGGUUUUUUCCACGGGUGUCUUGUUGUUGGGGCUGGGGAGGGGGGUGCUGGCCCAGGCUGUCUGCACUGUCCAGUCUGUACCUGUAACCACGUGUGUAGCCAGCAGGUUUUGUUAAUAGUUAAUAUUGUACAGGGGAAUUGAGAAAUCUUAUUUUUUUUAUGCGGUUUUAAAUAAAAACAAAACACUUGCUGUG